AUGGAGUCAUAUUUUCCGACGAAGAAAAAGCGGUUUCUACAGCAAGAAGAUGGAGAGGCUGCACUGGGACAGUUUCAGCCAUCAAGUGACUCCAACUCAGAACGGCUGGAAGAAUCAACAGAUAUCAAACUUGCGAUGUUGAUGUCAUUGUUCCCAGAUAAUAAGGCCGAUGAUCUUUUAGAACUUCUUGUUUCCUGUGGUGGUUCGGUUGAUGCUACCUCGGCCUUACUCUUUAAAAAUGAUUUGGCUACAAAGACACCGUCAAAAAAGCGACCAGCACCUACUGACUUCACACCCGCCAUUCAAACGUCUCUCUCAUCACACAUCCUCACUUCGGGAGGAACCAACUCGGCGAAACGAAUUCUACCGACUAAAAAGGGAAAGACAUUACAUCUUUUCUUCCCGAAGGAUGUUGCAGCCUACACGCCGUGUACAAUAAUACAUAAUUUCCUGCCUGUGGAUGAGGCAAACGCACUUCUGACCGAGUUGCUGGAUGAGUCGAAGCAUUUUUCACGAUAUGAGUUUCAGCUUUUCAAUCGAACUGUUCAAAGUCCUCAUACCUCCAGCCUUUAUGUCUCGACGCCAGAAGAAUAUCGCCAGCAGACGUCAGAAUACACAUAUGGUGGCACAUAUCGGUCGGAUGUUCGACAAGCCACUCCGCAUUUACGGAAAGUAUCGCGAAAGGUUCACCAUGUUGUCAAUGACGAAAUCCAGAAACGCAUAAAAAAUAUUAAUACAGAUGGGAAAAAGCUCAAAUAUCAGUCCUCGAAGGAGUGGCAGCCAAAUGCAGCCUUUGUCAAUUGCUACGAUGGACCCGCUGAGAGCGUCGGCUUCCAUUCAGACCAGCUCACUUAUAUUGGGCCACAUCCAGUUAUUGGAAGUCUAAGCUUGGGUGUGGAACGAGAAUUCCGGGUGCGCCGAAUCAUUCCGCGAGAUGAAGAAGACCAGGAGGAGGAUGGAGAGGAAAAAUUCAAUACCUUGAAACCCAACGAUCUCUCCAAUAACGGCAAGGCCUAUAAGGCAUCCACUGCCCGGGCAGAUGCGCAAGGGCAGAUUUCCAUUCAUCUUCCUCACAAUUCUCUAUUGAUUAUGCACGCAGAUAUGCAGGAAGAAUGGAAGCAUGCGAUCGCCCCGGCCAAAACAGUUUCCCCACAUCCUAUUGCAGGAACGCGACGAAUCAACAUUACGUAUCGCUGGUAUCGCGACACUUUGCAUCCUAGAUAUACACCUAGGUGUAAAUGUGGGCACCCCACCAUUCUCAGAUGUGCUCAACGAAAGCUAGAGACUCGAGGAAGGUAUAUGUGGAUGUGCUAUGCCGGUUAUGCACCCGGGAAAGAGGGCUGUUCAUUUUUCCAAUGGGCUGAGUUUGAUGACGACGGAGAUCCAAUUUGGACUCAUAAAAGAAAUGAAGCUGAGGUUACCUCGACAUUGACCAAUUUUGCGGCAUCCCAAUAG